GCCAAGUUCAAAGAGCUGAUGAGCCGAACGGGCUACUCAGCGGCCGACCUCCGCGACCGCUUUUAUGAGCACCUCGCCAGCAGCAUCAAGGACGAGCUUGUGCACACCGCCAAGCCCAUUGGCACCCUAGACGAGCUCCUAACUGUGGCGACGGAGCUCGACGUCCGCAUUCGCCAGCGCAGGGCUGAGAAAGCCCGCGAGCAAGGCAAAAGCGUCCCCUCCCCUCGGUUCCCCCCAGCCACUACUUCCGCCGCCCCAUUCGUCGCAAAAGACCCCAACGCGAUGGACAUUGAUGGAACGCACUCGCGCGAAGCCUUCAUCAAGUCGAUGACAGGCAAGUGCUUUGGUUGCGGCUCCACCGCCCACAGCAAACGCGACGGCAAUCACGAGCGCGACAUCUGUGCCUGGUGCGGAAGAACGGGUCAUCGAGAGGUGGUCUGCCAGAGCAAGUUCAUGGGACAGCCGAAGAAGCAGCGUGUGGCAGCGACCGAGGAGGCACCCUCGGACACCGCAGCCGCCGCUGAGGCCACCGUCUCGGCCAGCCAGGUCGACGUGAUCGCCCAACUCCUCGAAGGGCAGCGACAGCUGGCCGCGCAGAUCGAAGCGAUGAAGCAGGCUUUUUAG